UGAAAUGCAAGUUUCUUUUCUUUGUUUGACCCCUAAUUAUUUCUCUUCUGUUUGAUCUAAACUACGAACAAAUACUGGGAUUGCCUUAUUUUCCUUUCUAUUUUUCUGCAUUUGUGGAGUUUCUUGUGAGUUGCUUGGAGAUAACUAAAAGGAAGUUUAUUAUAAUUUUUUUUUCGGUCUUGUUUCCUUGAAAAUAUCCGCUUACAUCAGGAUUUAAUGGUCCCCUGAUAUAAAAAUAUAUUAUCUCUUUUGGGGGUUUUCCCGCUUGUAAAAACAACAUUUGUAUUCUUCUGUGAGAUUUGUGAGGAAAAAAGAGGCAUUUCCCUAUUAUGCAAAGUUUUGUUUCUAGAUUUCAUCAUUCAUGAUGUUCACUUCCCCUUCUCCUUAAUUUACCCACGGGUAACCAUUUCGUUUUUGGUUUUGUUUAAUGAAAAUUAAGUUUGUUUUCUCUUAGGCUUUGACAUAUUUCUUUACAAGAGUUGAAACUAGUUUUUAGUUUCUUUAGUUUUUUUUUAUUUAGUUUGGUUAGGUUUUUGAAAACAUUGAUAAACGAAAAAAAAUAGUGAAACGAAUGUUUAUAGACUAAGUUUUCUAAAAGAAGGAACCAAAAAUUAAGGUCUUGUUCGGUAAUCAUUUGGUUUUUUGUUAUUAGUUUUUGAAGAUUAAGCCUAUAAACAUCACUUUAACUUUAAAUUUCUUGAUUUCUUAUCUACUUUUUACCUAUAUUUUCAAAACCAAGCCAAAUUUUGAAAACUAAAAGAAAUAGUUUUUGUUUUUAAAAUUUGGUCAAGUUUUCAACUCUUGUACUUAGAAAAUAUACAAACUAAUGUAACAAAAUACUAGGAAAUAAGCUUAAUCUUCAAAAACCAAAAACAAAAAAACAAAAUGGUACCAAAUGGGGUCUAAAUGGAAGCUAAGUGGGGUCUUAAAAUGUAAAUGUGGAUUUCAUUCAAUUGAGCUACAUGACAAAGGGAAAAGUAAAAGGUUGAUCAUUUAAAAAAAGAAAAAAAGGAUGAAGGGUUGGUCAUAUGAUGCGAUCCAGAAUCAACUAUGAUUAGUUUAACACUUUCUGCAGAAAUAAAAAAACAUUAAGUUGUAGAUUUGUUUAUUUAGAAGUUGUGUCCUUCCAUUUCUUUCUCUUUCAACAUGCUUGGAGACAGCUUUAAUGGGUGGACUUUUGUGGGGAAGGGAAAUCAAACCUGCUUUUAUGGAGACUUUUGCAGAUGAACUGCUCGUUCAAUGUUCUUUUGUCGGCAUGAAAACGAGCUGCUUUCUAUUGAUUAGUACGUGGAAGAUUUCUUCUGCUUGCUGACUGGAAGUUUCCAACUGCUUUAUGCUGUUCUGGUUUGUCAUGGGAUGCUAUCAUUCAAAGAAACCUAAAACUCAAGGGUACGAGGAUCCUACUGUUCUUGCUGCAGAAACACCUUUUACAGUGAGCGAGGUAGAGGCAUUGUAUGAGCUUUUCAAGAAACUGAGCAGCUCAAUUAUUAAUGAUGGGUUGAUUCAUAGGGAAGAAUUCCAGCUUGCGUUGUUCAGAAAUAGAAAUAUGAAAAACCUAUUUGCAGAUAGAAUUUUUGAUUUAUUUGACGUGAAGCGCAAUGGGGUUAUUGAAUUUGGGGAGUUUGUCAGAUCAUUAGGCAUCUUUCAUCCAAACGCAUCUAUUAAAGACAAAAUUACUUUUGCUUUUAGGCUAUAUGAUUUGAGGCAGACAGGAUUUAUAGAGCAAGAAGAGUUGAAGGAAAUGGUUUUGGCACUUCUUCAUGAAUCGGAGUUGACUCUCUCAGAUGAUGUUAUUGAAACAAUUGUGGAAAAGACAUUUAAUGAAGCAGACACGAACGGUGAUGGAAAGAUUGAUCAAGAAGAGUGGAGGGAGUUUGUGAUGAAGUAUCCAUCAUUGAUCAAGAACAUGACAUUACCAUAUCUAAAGGAUAUAACCAUGGCAUUCCCAAGUUUUGUUGCAAGUACAGAAGUUGAAGAUUCAGAUAUUUAGUAGACUUUCAUCAAUCCAACAAGUUUUCGUGGUUCAACCAAGAAUGCCUCCAAAGACGAUCGAAAGAUCCAUAGAUCGCUCACUUUAAAGAAGUGUCAAUUGGUGAACUCUAGUCAUUUUGCUCCAAUAGUCCAUCUGUUUUCCAGAAGCCAAUUGCUAACAGAAUUGUCGGUCGUUCGGGCCCAAUCCAAAUGAUGUGGUUUUGCAACAAUAGAAUUAGGUAUUCUCUGAAAUGUAUGUUGGCAAGCCAAACCCCAUGUUUGGGAAGAUCUGAGUUAUUCAUUGUAGAUAAUCUCUAGAGUUUCAUUAUGUGCAUAAAAGUGUUGAAACUUUGAUUUAGGCUGUUUUACUAUCAAGAGUUUAUAUAUUCAUGAGUUCGAAGUAUACAAUAACUUAAUAGUUUGAA